GCAAGAUCCGAUGUCGCACCGCAUAAUAGAGAAACGAAGACGAGAUCGCAUGAACAACUGUUUGGCGGAUCUGUCACGUUUGAUACCGACUGAAUAUCUAAAGAAAGGCAGAGGACGGAUAGAGAAGACAGAAAUAAUAGAAAUGGCCAUCAAGCAUAUGAAAUAUCUCCAACAGGAACACGGAAACCCAACGGAACAUUAUCGUCUCGGCUACCAAGAAUGCAUGUCAGAAGCAAUGCGCUUCAUGGUCGAAGUAGAAGGCCACUUUCCCCGAGAAGCAGUAUGCGUCCGCCUUCUGAACCAUCUGCAGAAACACUGUGAGUCCAUCUCGCGCAGUACCCCAUUCCCCGCCUCUCACAAUUCAAGGACGCAUCCUGUGGUACCGGCGGAGCACGUGGUACCGACGCCUAAUGCUGCGGAACCACCUCCCACGCAGGGAAGAACCACCGGGCAGCAGAGCAAAGACUACCCAGUGCACAAACAGGAGUCGGAGCAGAAUAACAAUACUAAUGGAGGAACGUACGUAAUUAGAUCUAGUAACCAGUCAUCCAUAGACCCGGACUAUGAAAAGCAUCAAGAGUCCAACGGAAACUCGUAUAAAUAUAAAACGAAUAUCAAACUGAGGUUUACGCAAGACAUCAACGGAUCAACGCCGGAGUCCAAUAAACGACAGAAGCUAAAUGACGAAAGAAGAAACUCUAUUAACAGCAUUGAAAAUCAAAGCUCAAGCCACAGUUCCCCGCCCAGCAGCGAACCGUACACCCGCAUCUCGGACAGCGACAACACCACCACAGCUACAACAACCACGCAUCGACGGUCGCCUUCUGACAGCACCCUCUCGAACAACCAGCUGAAGAUCGAGCCGGCGGCACGCAACGACCAUGCCCAAAGGUACUCGCCGAAUAUCAAGAACCCCUCGCUGAAGCACAACUUCAACGUGCCCAUCUUCGUACUGCACGCGAAGGGGUCAUACUACGUGCCACUUACUAUUGAUUAUAAGACGCUGUUGCCCUUCUUGCAGAAUUUCGAUAUUCUCGAGGUGAUGCCCACCAUGCACAACGUCGUCCUGCACCCUGUCACGAUAAACGUCAAUUUCCUGCCGUCGAAUUUCGCCAUUGAAAUGACGAAUGGCGUUACGAACGGAGUCUCAAAUGGUGUUUCAAACGGAGUCCAGAACGGGAAGUACAAGAGUGAGUUCGGGAACAAUUGGCAUUAGAAAAGUGUAUGUGAACUGGUUGGAUCAUUUCGAGACGUUCGAGUGCGUCGCAAGAUAUAAGAAUCGUUUUGAUUCGAAUGGUUUUUGAAUGCCGCACCACUUCAUUCAGACAUGGUCCAAGGAGUAUCUAGGCACAACAUGAUCAUUACAGUCAAAAUCACGAAAGAUGACUAUUACGUCAUACCAUAAAUUGUACUGUAAAAUCACGAUAUCAGGAACAUAAUGACAACAAAUUUAUUUGUAUUAUGAUUUUGCGAAGUUAGGUUAUUUCACUGAUUAUUUUUAUUUUAUUUCAUGGUUUUGAGUGAUACCUUAAUAAUAAGUUUAGUGGGGAGUUUUUGUUUUGAGAAAAAACAGUUAUGAGUAGAAUACCUUAAGACAGGAACACCAAAGACCAAAGUAUUAUUCGAAAAUAACCUAACCUGCUUUAACAUAACCUAACUAUUCAUCUUUCAAGUAUGAUCGAUCAUGCAACAUGAAAACAUCGUCUUUCUUUGUCGGAUACAUGCAAAUUAGCAAUACAGUCUGUUUAGACAGUAAAAUUCUGUUUAUCUCUGUCUAACAUAUCUGAAACUUUAUUAAAAAUAUUCACAAUUCGCUGUCGUUUGUCUUUACUACAGACUAAAAUGAUGACGUAAUCGUCAUCUUUCGUGAUUUCGACUAUAUAUCAAUAUUCACAUUAUCUCGAAAUAAAAGCAAUUACCAAAGCUAUCCCCGUUCUCGUUAUUAGGUUAUGUUUCAUAAUAGACUAAUAUUUAUUUUGAUCCUUUUUAUCAUAUUAACUAAACACCUUGUCUUGACAGACCUUGAAACUAAUCUAAGCGUGGUGCGGCAUGUGAAGAAGCCAUAGGAAUAUAUUAUAAAAUGUUCUUUAUAUCUUGAGUCGAACUUAUCAAUGCUAACACUGAACUGUGAUAUAAUUUUAAGUGAAUAUUUCAUAUUUCAGAUUUUUUAUAAUUUCCCCAGUAAGUUCACUCGGUUAGUUGCAAGUCAGAGUUCAAAAAAUUAGCAGUCGGAAACUGCAGAAAAAAACCUUCAAAAGCUUUUAACAUUUUCAAGUCACUAAGCGAAUUUGACGUCAUUUGUAUUGCUUUGGGAAUGUCAAUGUCAUACUUGCAAAGCGCCUGAAAUCCGUGUAAGUUUUGAAGAACGGGAAUAUCGUCUAUGAUGCAUUUAAAAUUAAAUUCUCAACCUCCUGAAAAAAAAAAAUGCAUACCAUCUAUUGCUAAACUAUCCAAGUAUCCAUUAUCGUAUAUUAUCGUUUUUGAUUUGGUAUUAUAUCCUAGUUCAAUGUUGGAAUUUUUUUGGAAUGUAUUAAAAGGCUGUGACGGUCAGGGGAAUUUUAAGACUGACAUAUAAAAUGUUUAUAUAAAGCUGUGGAAACAAUUAGUUUUUGUUUUAUAUUAUAAAUAAACAUUCUAGAUGUAAAUCUUGUAAGCGAAUGUGCGAAAUGUCUACCGCGCAAAAGUAUUUGCUCUACUCAUGGUACCUGAUAUCUAAUGACAAAUCGUCAUUGAAUACUGAACAUUUUUCAUUUGUAAAAUCAUUUUUCUCGCAUUUCUAUAUGGAGUACAUUACAAAUUCCCACAUUGUCACUGAAUUGAAUCUCAGAUACAAGACUAAAGUCUUGAGAAAAUUGAAAAAAGAAGCUCCAAUAUGUCCUAAAAGGUCUAUUCCAGAUGUAUUCAGAAUAGGCACAAUAUGUCGAAUUUGAAUACAACGUAUAUUUAUAUAAGGCUUAUAACGGGUGAUUUUUUGAGAGGUAUACGAUUUGAUUUUCAAAAAAAAAACACAAAAAAUUUGAAAAGACGAUUAAAUCUUUAUUUGAGUCGAUAGAACGGUCGAUAUAAUUUAAUGUUUAAAGAUUAUUUCAUGUAAAUGUUGGCCGCGGCUCCGCUUUAGAUGGCCUAUGCGCAAGGUCCAAUUUUGGCACACUCUCUCCACCAUAUCGGCCGGUAUCUCAUGAAUAAAUGCUUCAAUAUGGGCUUCCAGUGCGUCAAUCGUUGCUGGCUUAUCCCUGUAGACAUUAGCCUUAACAUGGCCCACAAGAAAUAGUCCAACGGCGUUAAAUCACACGAUCUAGGCGGCCAAUUGACGGGCCCCAAACGCGAGAUAAACUGUUCACCGAACUUGCCUCUCAAUAGGGCCAUUGUUUCGUGUGCGGUGUAGCAUGUGGCACCGUCUUGUUGAAACCACAUGUCAGCCAAGUCCAGCUCUUCCAUUUUGGGCAGUUUGUUAUCAUCGCACGGUAGCGCUCGCCAUUCACAGUUACGUUCCGGCCAUUGUCGUCUUUGAAGAAGUACGGCCCGAUGAUGCCACCGGCCCAUAAUCCACACCAAACAGUGAUUUUUUCGGGAUGCAUUGGUAGCUCUUGCAAUGCUUCUGGCUGGUCUUCACCCCAGAUGCGGCAAUUUUACUUGUUAACGUACCCAUUCAACCAGAAAUGAGCUUCGUCGCUGAACAUAAUUUUUCGAUAACAAUGUGGAUCUUCCUCCAGCUUUGCCAGCGCCCAUUCACCAAAUUGGAAACGUUGUGGGAGGUCGUGUGGCUUCAAUUCUUGCACCAGCUGUAUCUUAUAAGGUUUUACACCCAAAUCCUGUCGCAAAAUUUUCCACGUAGUGGAGUAACAGAGGCCCAAUUGCUGCGAACGGUGGCGAAUCGACAUUUCACGGUCAUCACUAACACUGGCGGAUACAGCCGCAAUAUUUUCUUCAGUCCUCACUCUACGUCUGCGUGUUGGUGGUUUAAUGUCCAAUAAUGUAAACUGGGUUCGAAAUUUAGUCACAAGCUUCCGAAUAGCUCCCUCAGUAGGCCGACCAAAUUGCCCAUAAAUUGGAAGCAGUGCUCGAUGCACUCUCUUAACCGAGCAUGAAUUUUGAUAGUAAAAUUCAAUAAUUUGCAAGCGUUGAUCGUUCGUAAGUCGAUUCAUGGUUAAAUUAUAGACCAAACUGAACAAGUUUGACAAUGACACAAGACACGAUUCACGCGUCACCUGUCAAAAACAUACAUGCAAAAAAAUCACCCAUUAUAAUUUACCUUGUUUUUAGUGAAAUUCCACUUGUAUGUGGUUCAAAUUGUGAAACUCUUUACGCAAGGAUAAGAGCUAAUCUUCAUUUCCUGAAGAAGCAAAUGAAUUAAUCUGUUUUUUUACAAGCGUGAACAAAGAGAUGAUUUUAGCUUGUAUUUAUGCACAGCUCCUAUCGUUAUCUACCUGUGGUCCGAAUGCAGUUCGUUCGUAGACAAAAAGAGAAGAUAUCAGUAGUGGUGAAAUAUCAAGGUACGAGUAUGUACGCUAUCUAUCAAGCCAAACGUAUGUCUUGAUAUUUGGACAGCUAUCGAUAUAUUAUUCGUUGCCAUAUCGGUACUAAUGCGUGACUCAAUAAAUUUAUCUGAAGCCUAGAUCGUACUGAUGAGCCUCAAUAAAGGUGAAAUGGUGUUAUCUACGAUUGGUUUCUUAUGAAUGCCGAACCUUGUGGAUAAAUUAGGAUAUGUAAGUUAAAUUGCUACGGACAUAGACGUUAAAAAAGACACUUAUCGACAUAAAACACUACCCAAAUUGAUGCUGGCAAUAAUACACUUCACUAUUUCUAAAAAGUAUUUUUUUGGUCGAGAUGGUAGGCAAAAUUAUGUUGUACUUUCGAAUUAGACGAAAAUACCCCUGGUUUGCGAAAUAAUUGAAAAGUCUGGUUUUAUUGCUGCAAGUUGUUCAAGGCGGUAUUCAAAACAUGGACGCAUAAAAUGGAUACACUAAUUUUUGUGGGAAAACUUUUUAAUCGACAACAAAUAAUGAGAAAACGUGUUUUUUGGGAUUCAAUUGAAGGUGUUGGCAGGAACGAAAAAACUCUUCAAAUAAGAUUUUUAGGUAUUUAUGGGACCUACAAGAUGAGACCGACUAAUAACACAAAUGUUAUGGCCAAAAAACAAAGCAAAAUGCAAUUGUUGGUAAUGCGGCGAUGGUUUCUCGCAGAUAUUUGAAAUUCUUCAAAUUCGUACUUCUAAAUAACCACAACAAAAUUGGAGUAGAUUGGUCCAGUAGUUUUUGAGAAUUUCUAAUUGCUUAUGCCAAAACACCUGUUUUCCGGCCAUCACUACUAGCUUAUUGAACAAUGUACAGGGUUAGUUCAAAGGGCAUUUUAUAGCAAAAUACACUAGUUUACCUUGCCGAUAUGAAUCGCAAACCAUUCCGGAAGAUGAAUGUUAUUUUUAUGCAAAAAAGGAUGGGUUACGUUUUUUCUUCUAAACAAAUUCAAACAUUUUGUAUUUUUGAGUAAUUCGCAGCAAAACAUGAUAGAUACAUCCGCUUUGUUUUAAAAUGUGUUCAGUAAUAUAUGAUUUUCGAAUAUCGUAGCGCAUUUGUUCAAUUAGUCACAAAUACGAAAUGUUUGAAUCUGUUUAGAAGAAAAAAACGUGGCCUUCGUUUUUCGCAAAAAUGUAAUAUUUAUCUUUCGAAAUGGUUUAUGAUUCAUAUCGGCAAAGUAAACACGUGUAUUUUGCUAUUAAAUACUAUUUCAACGAACCCUGUAUAGUGCUCAAUAAACUAGUAGUGAAACAGGUGUUUUGGGAUAAACAAUUAAAAAUUCUCAAAAAACUACUUAACCAAUAUACUCCAAUUUUGUUGUUGUUAUUUAGAACUAUGAAUCCUAUGGACUUUAAGAAUUUCAAGCAGUUGCGUGCCAAUACCUGCAUUCGGUCAUAACAUUUUUGCUAUUAGGCGGAUCUUUUUACGUGUGGUCUCAUAAAUACCUAAAAAUCUUAUAUGAAAAGUUUUUUCGUUCCUGUGAAUACUUUCAAUUGAAUCCCAAAGAACACGUUUUCUCAUUCUUUGUUUUCAAAUAAAAAGUUUUCCCACAAAAAUUGGUGUACCCAUUUUAUAUAUCCAUGUUUUAAAUGUCCCCUUGAACAACUUGCACCAAUGAAACCAGACUUUACAAUUAUUUAGGGAAAACUAAUAUGAUUAGAUUAAUGCUGAUACGAGAGUUUUUGUGAUAGCUCUUGUGAUGACGUAACAAUAACGUGUUCCUCCAAGAAAUGUUGCUUUAUACUAAUUGCAGAUGAAUAGUGUUUGGUCAGAUAUUUCUAGUAGAAUAAUACUUCUGAGAGGUAGUAAUGAUUUUCAAGUUUAUUAGAUACUACGAUGUUACCAUUUAAACGAAUAUCGUAUUUGUAUGUUUUGAAAAUAAAUAUGAAAGUUAUCUUCUUUCUCCUACUAGUAUUUUUCAUAAAUUUUGCACUGGAUUUCGAAAAUGAAAUGAAUAUUGUGCCCUUGUAGAGCAUCCUUCAAAUCGACAUUUCCAAAAUGUACCUAAUAUUGAAAUAUGUUCCUGUUUACAGGAAUUGAUGUGAAGUUAAUAUUUAUAAAUGUAUAAUUAUUGUUAUCUGUAAGAAUUCUGUUAUUUUUAUAAUCACAUUUUAUAACUGGUAUGAGGAGAAUGCAUGUUUGUACAUAUGGAAUAAAAUACAGUUUGAAAAGCAAGCAGAUUUGAAGAAUGAAUUUUAAUAUUUAAGAUUUUCUGUAAAAUGAUUGUUGAUAACAUAAGAGCAUUUAAUGGAUUUUUUAGUAAAUCCGAGAUUUUUAGUUCUGAAAUGUUGAAAAUCCACAGUGAAUGUUUGCAAGAAGUCCAUUGGAAUAUUUUCAAAGUACCGGCAACAAAUAUUAUAUUUUCCAUGAAUUCGACGUUUUGGAAAGUUUUCAUAAAUAAAAUACUGUGUUUAAAA